GAGAUCUUGCUGAGAGAUCUAGAGAUCUAUAAUUACCAGGUAUAUUUAAUCACAUUUGGCGGCUAUGAAAGGCAGACGAAGUAGAAAAUAGAAUUAACAAGAGCACAAUUUAAUUUAAGAGAACUUUUUCUCUGUAUCAAUUUGUUAUAUGGUGACUCGAUUGUUAAUAACAUGUAGGAAAGAAAAUAUGAAAUUCACCUAAUGGCAUUUUUGAUCAAUACUGAUAGUAAUGAGAAAAUCAGCUUACCUGAUGGUGAAACAGAAAUUGGAAGAGGUCCAUUUUUAAAAGUGACAGAUAAACGAGUUUCCCGUUCCCAUGCCAUUGUACAAGUAAAAAAUGGUGAAUUAUUAUUAAAACCUGUACACAAAAACCCAACAUUUCAUUGUUCUGCUGGUGAUGAUAAAUAUCAUAUUCUGAAAAAAGAUGACUGGAAACAACUUCUUCAUGGGGAUUGCAUAUCUUUGCUGCCAAAUUCUCUCUUCUUCACUGUAGAAGUUACACAGGAUAAAACACAAGCAUAUAGCAUAGAUGAGAAUGUGGAAGACAGUGCUACCACUAGUGUUGAUGUCAUCACAACAAAAGGUGACAUGAGUUUACUGCAGUCAACAACUGCUUUGACUACAGUUCCCUCUUCUACGACAAGCAACUCUUUCGUAAGCAAGACAAGGACAUUACCUAGUUGGAUGCUUCAAACAGAAUCAUCUCAACCAAAGAAAAAACCUAAACCAGCCAAAAAGGCUACAAAAGAGAGAGAUUCCAGUCCAAAUGAGAAGGUUACAGAUGUUACUUUAGGCGAAGAUAAAAUCUCCAUCAUAAGUAAGGAGCAAGAACAGAUUGUUUCAUUUUCGACAACAGACGCGAGUAUGAGUAAAGAAACUGCUUCUAAUGUUGCUGCUCGAGAACAACAAAAUCCAUCCAAACCUGUUUGUCCGUAUGGCUCACAAUGUUAUAGAAAAAAUCCUGCUCAUUUUGUGGAAUAUACACAUUCAAACGCUGCUAAUGAUCAGCCAACUGACGACGAUGAUAAACCGGAAUGUGAAUACGGGACAUCCUGUUAUCGAAAAAAUGCACAGCAUUUGAGAGACUACAAACACACGAAGGAUAUUGAUGAUUCUGACGAAGCCAAUAGACAAACACGUCAACGUACAGCUUCCACAAAAAAAAAAAGCAUUAUCGAUAGUCGCAGUGACGACGACGGUGAACCAAACACUUACGACUAUGACGACAGCUUUAUCGAUGACGGCAUGACGUCAUCAGAGAGUUAUGAAAAUGACGACGACGAUUCCGAUUUCAACCCCGGUGGAGAUAAGGAAAGCGAGGAUGAAGAUAUUCAAGAAUUAGUAAGCGAAGCAAAAGAGUUCGUAAACAAUCGUAAAAGUUAAGUUUACCGAGAGACGCGUUUACGAUGUGACGUCAGCAAAAGAUGCAUAUGAAUUCAAGAGAAUAACUCCUUAACAUUGCAUAAAAAUCUUGCUAAAUCGAGGCUAAAGGGAGAGUGUAAACCAAUAGAAAUGCGAAAUCAUGGUAGAAGACAAUAGGUUGUUGUGAUUGAGUCAAAAUCACCAAUCUUCUCUCGUUUCUAUGUGAGACGAGCCAACUAUUUUGUUACUGUAUUCAAAAAUGUUAUUAUACCAAAUAAGCACUUUUUUAGUUUCA